GUGUGUGUAUAUGUGUGUAUAAAGGCUGCAGUGAGAGAAUUGGAUUACAGCCUGUGUUUAAACCCUGCCGUCAUGUCGUUGGAGUUUAUUCAAAGCUCUGCAUGUUUUGCUGGAAAUAGCAUUUCUUCUUUAAGUCAGAGCAGAUAAUUAAGAACAAAUAGCUUUUUUCUUCUUAUUUUUAUUAUACACGAAGCAUUCACAAUGGAGUCGUUGUUGCACCUCUGUCGCGGCAAAGCAUGUGCCCUGCUGCCCAGAUCCCUGAGCAAAGCAUGCAGAAGGAGUCACCACUGCCAUCCACAAGCAUCACAGUGCUCAACUCGUGUGUCCUCCAAACCAGUAACUCUGACACCUCUGGUAUCACGGCUCUUCCAGCCUUCAAACCUGCGUGAAGGCCAGGAUAUGGGGGACAUGACAUGCCGAAGCCAGAGGCUGAUGAUGCAGGCUGGUCUCAUUUACAGCUCCAACCCAGGCUGCUUCUACUACCUUCCUGCUGCCCUGCGCUCCAUGGAGAAGCUAGUGAGGCUCAUUGAUGAGGAAAUGCAGGCCAUUGGUGGGCAGAAAGUGGACAUGCCAGCUCUGUGUGGAGCGGAGCUCUGGAAGCAGAGUGGGCGCUGGGAGCUCAUGGGGAAGGAGAUGUUCAGGCUGCGGGAUCGACACGACGCAGAGUACUGUCUCGGCCCAACACACGAGGAGGCAGUCACGGAUUUGCUGGCAUCUCAGAGCACGUUGUCUUAUAAACAGCUGCCACUGCUGCUUUACCAGGUCACCCGGAAAUUUCGCGAUGAGCAGAAGCCGAAGUUCGGAUUGCUCCGAGGCCGAGAGUUCUACAUGAAAGACAUGUAUUCAUUUGACAUCAGUGAGGAAGCUGCUCUCCACACCUACCACUCUGUGUGCCACGCCUACUCUCGCUUGUUUGACCGCCUCGGGCUGAGGUGGGUACAGGUGCAGGCUGCUACAGGCAAUAUCGGGGGAACGCUCUCGCAUGAGUUUCAUCUGCCAGCUGAUAUAGGGGAAGACCGUCUGCUUAUGUGCGGGAAUUGCGGCUUCUCUGCUAAUGUUGAAACUGUGGAAGUGGAUCAAACUGACUGCCCUCAGUGCCACAUGACCGAUCUCACCGAGUCAAAAGGCAUUGAACUGGGACAUACCUUCUAUCUUGGAACAAAAUAUUCCAAAGUGUUUAAUGCCACGUUUGUUAAUGCUCAGAACAAGCCUACAGUGACAGAGAUGGGCUGUUUUGGCCUCGGUGUUAAUCGCAUCCUUGCUGCAUCCAUUGAAGUACUCUCCUCUGAGGAAUCCAUUCGCUGGCCUGGGCUACUCGCGCCUUAUCAAGUGUGCAUCCUGCCCCCGAAAAAGGGCAGCAAAGCCAGUGAAGCCAUCAACUUGGCAGAAGAACUCACCCAAAGCUUAGGAAACAGUUUACCAAACCUGAAAGGAGAGGUGGUUCUGGAUGACCGAACCCAGCUGACCAUUGGGAAGCGGCUAAAAGACGCCAACAUGCUGGGUUACCCAUAUGUGGUGGUGGUUGGGCAUAAGGCCAUGGAGGAGCAGCCUGUGUUUGAGGUGGUGUGUCAGCAUAAUGGAGAGACCAUGUUCCUCAGUAAAGACGCUUUACUGCACUUUUUGACUGGAGUCGAGACAAUCUAACGCUUGGAUUCGAAACUUGAAUCCUGUACAGUUUCAAGCUUUCCAUGCUUCGAGCAUGAGCUGGAUCAGGUGCGUUGGGAAAAUCUAAAGCUCUGCAGGGAAGUGGGCCUCAAGGACUAGAGUUGAGAAACUCUGAUCUAAUAUAUUUGAGCUUCUUUGCGGUGUGUAACUUCAUACGAUCUGUAACAUGAGGGAACGUUUAAUACAGGGAGUUUACUGGUAUUGAUAUCAUGGCAGUAUGUAUCAAAUAUGGUGCGUCCCAUUUGUACUGAUGAUGACCUUUUUAAAAUAAAUAAUAAUAAAACU